CUGAACGCCCCAAACACAGACUUUUUCGUCUAACAUCAGUAACUGAAUUUUCUCCUAGAUUUUGCGCUUUGGACUCGGGACCAUCGAUGCGCUCUCUCUAACCAGAAAACCGAAAAGAUAGCGCACAGAAAGAUUUUUUGGGUGAGGAAGGGAAAAGCCAUUUAAGCUCCCUACCCAUUUGAUCACUGUCGUAAUUGACAUUGUUCCUUUACUUCUUUCAACGUUCUUCUUUGUUAUUGGGCUACAACUCUUUUUCCUAGUAGCUGACGUCAUUGAAUUGGACAUGGCGUGCAUGAAGCUGGGAUCCAAAUCCGAAGUCCUUCACCUCGAUGGCCAAACCUGGCUUUGCUCAACUGGGCUUCCUAGCGAUGUCAUCAUUGAAGUUGGAGAGAUGACCUUCCAUCUCCACAAGUUUCCCUUGCUUUCCAGAAGCGGAUUAUUAGAAAAUCUUAUUGGAGAGCUUUCUGGUGAGGAUGAGAAGAAGUGUGUUUUGCAGCUUCAUGACAUACCGGGAGGAGCCAAAACCUUUCUUCUUGUAGCCAAGUUUUGUUAUGGUGUUAAGAUGGAGCUCACUGCAUUGAAUGUAGUCAGUCUCAGGUGUGCAGCCGAGUAUCUUCGGAUGACUGAAGACUAUGGAGAGGGGAAUCUCAUAAUUCAGACAGAACAUUUUCUCAAUGAAAUUUUUUGUUAUUGGACGGACUCAAUUAAAGCUCUUGAAACCUGCGAAGAGGUUCUACCACGUGCAGAAGACCUUCAUAUUGUUUCAAGAUGCAUUGAUUCUUUGGCAAUAAAAGCUUGUGCAGAUCCUAGCUUGUUUAGUUGGCCCAUGUCAGGAUGCAGUGCUGUGGAAAGCCCAGGUGGAGCUGUAAUUUGGAAUGGAAUACGCACAGCAACUAAGCCAAAUCCUGUGAGUGAAGAUUGGUGGUAUGAGAAUGUGUCCUCUCUGAGAUUCCCUCUGUAUAAAAGACUGAUUCUGGCAGUUGGAUUGAGGGGCAUGAAGGCAGAGAGGAUUGCUGGGUCCGUGGUCUACUAUGCAAAGAGUCAUCUCCCAUUGUUGGGCAGGCAAUCAAGCUUCCAGAAUGGGAACCGUGAUGGCCCAGAAUCAGCUAUUUCUGCCUCAUCUGACUUGGAUCAAAGGAAACUCCUUGAAGAAAUAGUGGAGUUACUGCCCAUUGGAAGGGGUGUCACAGCUACCAACUUUCUGCUUAGACUUUUGCGAACAUCAAUGAUUUUACAUGCUAGCCAAUCAUGUCAUGAGAAUUUAGAGAAAAGGGUUGGUGCUCAGUUGGAUGAAGCAGCUCUUGAAGAUCUUCUGAUACCAAAUAUGGGGUACUCAGUGGAGACCCUUUAUGAUAUUGAUUGUGUUCAGCGGAUUCUUGAUCACUUUAUGCUGGUGGAUCAUGAUUCUAAUUCUAAUUGUAUGGUAUAUGAGGGGCAGUUGAUGGGAGCUUCACAUCCACUGACCCCUAUGACAAUGGUGGCUAAUUUAGUGGAUGGUUAUCUAGCUGAAGUGGCACCUGAUGUUAACUUGAAGUUACCAAAAUUUGAGUCCUUGGCUGCUGUUAUCCCUGAUUAUGCGAGGCCAUUAGAUGAUGGAAUCUACCGUGCAAUUGAUAUAUUUCUCAAGGCUCAUCCCUGGCUAACAGAUUCCGAAAGGGAACAACUCUGCAGGCUCAUGAACUGCCAGAAGCUCUCCCUGGAAGCCAGCACCCAUGCAGCCCAGAACGAGAGGUUGCCACUUCGUGUCAUUGUCCAAGUUUUAUUCUUUGAACAACUCAGGCUCCGCACCUCUGUUGCUGGUUGGUUUUUUGUCUCUGACAACCUUGAGAACACUCAAAAUCACAGCGGGAAUCUUGCUCUGGUCAGACAUGACGCCUCUAUUCAAGCAGGCAGUACCACCCAAAAUCAUCUUGUAGCAGUCGAUGACAUGAAGGAACGGGUGUCUGAGCUUGAGAAAGAAUGCUCAACCAUGAAACAAGAGAUUGACAAGCUAGUGAAGACAAAGGGAAGUUGGAACGCGAUCUUGAAAAAGUUCUCUUUCAGACUAAAGACGAAGACCUAUGAUCCAAAUGCAUCGAAGCACGGCAACAAUUCCACAACCCCACCAGCAUCAAAAGCACCACUUGUGAACGGAAAAGAAAACCAUGGCAGUAGUACUGGUGAAUUAGGAGCUGAUUGAUUUUCUCAUCUAAAAUAUUGAAAGCCAAUGUUUUUUUUUUUUGCUUUUUUUGUUAAUUAUUAUUAUUAUUUUUUGUGGUUUAGUUAAUAUAGCGUAAUAAUAGUCACACGUACAUUAGAUUGUAAUUACAAUUGAUCUUCCUCCUGUUCCUCAUAUUUUUACUAUUUUGUUUCUUCAUCA